UCAUAAACCCAGAACAUUCCACACAAACAAAAGUUGCACUCGUUUCCACCACAACUACCUUUGUUAUCAACGUGCGGUGCGCACUGCGCUGCGCACGGUACUGUUGCACACGAUUUGAAAUUCGAAUAUAUACGGCACGCACGCGCUGCGGUUAUCAGUACGAGUCAAUUGAGCGCUGUGGGAAGUGAUAAUUGAUAAGACAAAUUCUGGGUCGACAUGCCUUGCUGCCAAGUACGAAACAAACUCCAAUGCAACAUGGAAUGUAACAACAUAAACUGCUUCUGUAUCCAAAAUGGCGGAGAAUCCUGCAUCUGCCUUCAAGAGAAGAACGAAUGUCAGUGCAAGUCCUGCCAAUGUGACACUUGUACCUGCUUUACCACGGGUGAAUGCACUUGUAUUUGUGUACGUCGUGACGAAACAGGAAAGGUCAUAAAAUGCGACGGUUGCAAGGGAAAUUGCGACAAGAUUAACAAGGAAUGCAAGUGCAAAUGCGACAAUUCCAAGUGUACUUGCAUUGCUACUGGAGGGGCCAAUUGCAUUUGCGUAUGCCUUGACGAAAGUGGAAAAAUAAAGAAAUGCGAUGACUGCAAGUGUACUUGCAAGUGCAAUUGCGACGAUACUAAAAGUACUUGCGAUGCCAGUGGCGAGGCUAGUAAGACUUGUAGCCGUGACGAAAGUGGGAAAAUAAAAUGCAGUGACUGCAACUGCGCUGCAGGCAACUGCAAUCCUCAACCAUGCCAAGCUUGUCAGAGGAAAAGUGACAAUAAAGGAUGCGUCUGCGUUCCUACUAAAGAAAAACCUUGCCUUUGUGUCUCUAAAGAAGUUAAAGAGAAGCUUGUGAAAUGUAGCACUUGCAAGUGUGAUGGUUCCAAGUGCACUUGCAUUGCUACUGAAGGAGCUACUUGCAUCUGUGUAUGCCGAGAUGAAAAUGGAAAAAUCAAGAGAUGUGAUGACUGCAACUGCGGUACUGAAACUUAUUGCAAACCUGUGAAGAUUUGCGACAAGAAGUGUGACAAAGACGGCUGUGUCUGCAUCUCAACUGAAGGAAAAUCCUGCGUUUGUAUUCGUCAGGACAGCAAAAGGAAUAUUGUGAAAUGCAAUGACUGCAAGUGCAACUCUUGCAACUGCAUUUGUGUAUGCCGUGAUGAAAAUGGAAAAAUCAAGAAAUGUGGUGACUGCAACUGCGUUACUGAGACUUGUUGCCAAUCUGGCAACACUUGGAAGAAAUGUGACAAAGAUGGCUGUAUCUUAACCGAGGGAAAAUGCUGCGUAUGCAUAUGUCAAGAUGACAAAGGAAAUGUUGUGAAGUGCAAUGACUGCAAGUGCAACUCUUGCAACUGCAAGUGUAAUAAUUCGAAAUGCACUUGUAUUGCUGCGAAAGGAGCCGUUUGCAUCUGCGUCUACCGUGAUGAAAACAGAAAAAUGAAGAAAUGCAAUGAUUGUAACUGCGUUAGCGACGCUUGUUGCAAACCUGGGAAGACUUGCGAGGGAAAAUGUGACAAGGACGGCUGUAUUUGCAUCUCAACUGAUGGAAAACCCUGCGUUUGUAUUGGUCAGGACAGCAAAGGGAAUAUUGCGAAAUGCAAUGACUGCAAGUGCAACUCUUGCAACUGCAAAUGCGAUGAUUCUAAAUGCAUUUGCAUUGCUACUGAAGGAGCUACUUGCAUUUGUGUAUGCCGUGAUGAAAAUGGAAAAAUCAAGAAAUGCAAUGAUUGCAAGUGCCUUACCGAAACAUGUUGCAAAACUGGGAAAAAGUGUGACAAAGACGGAUGUAUCUGCAUCUCAACUGAGGGAAAAUCCUGCGUUUGCAUCCGUCAAGAGAAGGGAGAACUUUUAAAAUGCGACGAUUGCAAGUGUGGCUCCUGUAAAUGCGAGUGUGAUGGUUCCAAGUGCACUUGCAUUGCUACUGGAGGUGGCGCUUGCGUCUGUGUAUGCCGUGAUGAAGCAGAGAACAUUAAAAGGUGCGACGAUGUCAAGUCAGUCACUUUGAUAAAUUAAAUAAAGGUGCCUAUUGUUAUUACCGAUACAUAUACUAUGCAUAUUCACUUAAAUAUAUUAAGUGUCGAUGAUAUAUCCUUAUUACAUAUUCAACAUGUAUUUUCUAGUUUAUAGAAAACUUAUGUUAUAGUUAAGCCUGAUUUUUCGAUCGUCAUUUGUUAUUUUGUUGAUUAAUGUUUGCUCUUCUUUUGUUAACAAGGUUAAU